AUGGAUGAAUCAGAAGGAUCGGAUUUUGAAUUGGCAGAAGGAGAAGAAGAAGAUGUUGCAGAAGAAUCGGAACACGAAUCGCUUCCCGACGAAAUCCGCCAGGAUUUUGAUAUUUCCGAGCCUCGCUCACACUCAUAUCUUUUCAACGAGGAUACAGUGGAAGUGAUCAACAUCGAUUUUUUACCAGAUGAUAAAAGUCAUACCCUAAGAUAUAUCAGAAUUGAGCAAGUAAUUGUGCCCGGCGAACGACUUCCACUUUCACCCCGAUGCCCAUUUUCCAUGCAGAAUUUACAAAAAAUCAUCGAAUCCAAGCAACUUGUCAUACUUUUAUCGAACACUAGAGCAGCAGAAUAUGAUCCACAUCAUAAUGCACAUGUUAUGCAAUUGCCUUGUAUCGCAGUUGUUGCGAAAAUCACAAAACAUCAGAUUGAAAAUGGCCCGCAUGCUUUUGGAAUGAAACGAGUUAGUGCUGAACUUUGUGCGAUUCAUAGGUGUAAAGUUUUUUCGAUGGAUUUUGCUAAUAGAAAAUGUGGAUUCACUAUUCUUCCGGAGUAUUUGAGACCAUCUGUGAUGUCGCUUACUCUUCCGAAUUAUGCGUUAUCUUGGAGCCCGGCAAAGGUUAGGAAAAAAAUUUUCUAGUAAUUUCCCACCCGCUGAUCACUAUUCCGUUGUCUAAAAUUGCAAAGCUCAACUUCUAAUAUGAGUUAUUUUUGUAAGUGGCAGGGAAUUUUGAAGCUGAAAACUAGUUAGAAGUUGAGCUUUGCAAUUUUAGACAUCGGAAUAGUGAUCAGCGGGUCGGAAAUUACUAAAAAACAUAUUUUGUAAUAAAAAAACAUAUUUUCCUAAAUAUACAAAAUUAUUUUUGAGUAGAGACAAUGUGAUAUUCAGAGAGUGCAGACAGAAAAAUCAAUUUAUCUGUCUGCACUCUCUCAAUUUCACAUUGUCUCUACUCAAAAAUAAUAAACGGUAUAUUUUGUUUUUCGACGUUAAUUUUGACCGAAAAUCAUGAUUUUCAGCGAUUUCCAUCUAAAAAAUGCUGAAAAAUUCAAAAAUUGAUGAAUUUUGAUCCAGAAAACUCCAAUUUUCAUGAAAAAUGGAAAAUCAUGAUUUCCAGCUAUUUUCAGUCAAAAAAUGCUCAAAUUCAUGAUUUUCGUGUCCAAAAAUCGAUUUUUUUGAUAAAAUUUGCUGAAAAUGAGAGAUUUGAGCAGAAAAAACCACACUUUCAGGCAGAAAAUGCUCGAAAUUGGUGAAUUUUGAGCCGGAAAACUCGAAUUUUCAUUAUUUUUCACCUAAAAACCCAAUUUUCAGCCAAAAAAUCUCAUUUUUCAUAAUUUUCAGCUUCAGAAAGUCAACUUUCAUAAAUUUGAGCUCGAAAGAGCUCCACCGAAAUAAACACGCAACGCAGACCGCGCCGCGCCACAUCACACACAAAAAAGGGAGGGAAUUUGAAUCGUUCCCUUGUGUUGUGGCGCGGCGCGGUCUGCGUUGCGUGUUUAUUUCGGUGGAGCGCGUGAGAUUUUCGAUAAUAAUAUUAUAGAAAGCAGCAUUGUGCUCUUCGCUUAUAAAUUAUCCAAUGUGUGCAAUUUAUGACUUGGCUGAAAAACACUGUGAAAUUCUAAUCAAACAUUUAUCACCCUGGUUUGGCGAGAAAAGUCUGCGAAACAUUUUAUCCAUGGGAAAAGUACCAUUUGGUUUUUGGGUCGCCGCAAAUUUCAUGCUAAACACCGAUCAAAAAUACGAAUUACUAUCGGAAGAUUCAACAGAUGUUCGCCUGGCGCAAUUAGCUGAACAUGUUCGAAAAGUCAAUCGAGUCGCAUGCACAAAUUGUGGUAUAAUUCUCUUUAAAACCGCUGAUAUCAUUCGAAUGAGUUGUGAUGGAAUUGGUGGAAAUUAUGUGAAUCCUGGAGGUGUUGUACAUAAUCUGGUCACUGUUUCGCAGGUGGACAAUUUUCAAUAUCGAGGACCAUCGAGCACCGAAUUCUGCUGGUUUCCAGGGUGAAUUUUAUGAAUUUUUUUUUCAAAAAAAAAACGCUAUAAUUUUCCAGAUAUCGCUGGAAAAUCAUUAUGUGUGCGCGUUGCGAUGAUCAUCUUGGUUGGGAAUAUUCAUCCGAUCAUCUGAAGCCCCGCAGAUUCUUUGGAAUGACUUUUGGUUCAUUGAAACCUAUACCUGAUCUUACCGAAGAGGAUUAA